AUGCACAUCCCAAAGUCACAUGCUCUCGUAGCUCUCUCUGUGUUCGCGGUCAUCUCAGAAGCUCUCCCGCUUGAUCAGCGCCUGCAGCAGCGUUCCAAUGCACCGAGGCAGGCCAAAGACUAUUCCGUUGUCAACGUCGACGGCAGCAGUUCAACGGAGACCUCAGCAGCUGCUGCUACGACUGUCGUCAACACCAUCAUAAGAACCGUCAUUCCGUACAGAGACCCGAACGUAUUCAACAAGAUCCACGUCGAGCGCAACAAGCAGUUCACUGUCCGCACCACCUCCACCUUCGAGCUCGUCACCUACAAGUCUUCCCGCCUCCGCGCUGACGUCUUCGUCUACGGUCCUGGCUCCCUCUCCAACUCCCACCCUCUCAUCUUCAGCCAUCGACAUUACGACAACAACGACUACCACGACAACUUCUUCAAUCAGCGUGGUCACUCUGCCGGCGUCAACAGUCACAGUGAUUUCUACAGCGCCGCAGCCCACAACAUCAUACUAUGA